ACACACACACACACACACACACAUAUAUGCAUACACAUUUCUUUUAUGGUACAUGCAUACAUUUGGUAUAUGUAUGUAUAUUCACCAGUUGUUAACCUUUGUAUCUACACCCUACCAUGAAAUCAUAACUUGAAGGCUUAAAGUUGCCAUACGUAAAAAAUGAAAGUAGAAGGGGAGAAAAUGAAAAUUGAUACUUUCAAUCGCAAGUGUGAAAAUUCGGGUAUGAAACUUGAAUGAAAAAAUUACCAACCAUGGAAGACUGAAGAAGGAAGAGGGACCUCACACCAUCGCCAUAGGGAAAGCAAGUGCCACUGAAUUCUACCAUCUCGUAACGCACAAUGGUCUGGGGACGAAGGCGACGAGUUGUGUCCGAGGAGAGGAGAGAGUCGGCAAGGGAGUGCGUGGCUGGGAAGUCCUUCUUAGGCCAAUUGGAUCCACCGAUGAACCGGCCUCUGAACCAACCUCCUGAUCGCCCUCUUCAUCUGGGUGUUGCUAGGCAGAGGGAAGUACCGUUAAGGGGCAGAGAGGCCAUACAGCAGAUUCAGCCAAUAUCCUCGUUUGCACCCAUUGCUGAUUCACCCUAUGCAGUGGAGCUGCCAGAUUUUCAAGAGAUGUCAGAUGCUUCUGCCACACAAAUGGUGAAAUUGCUUUGGCAAAAUUUCAAGAUUAAGCAAGCCAUGGACCUUCUCUCUCUUGUGUGGAAGAAGAUUACUACUGCUGCUAUCAGGCAUGGAUGGCCACUGCUCCUCCCAGUUUUGAAACUCCAGCAAAAUCGGCAAACAGCAGAGUUACUGAGGCAAGAAACCGGAGUAAGAGCAGCAGUAUGUGAGGCAGACAUCCUAGUAUUCAUUGACCAGAAUAAGGAGCAAACCAUGGAGGUGAUGGGGGAAGACAAGGACAUCAACCAAGGAGGUGCCGAGACUGAAGCUCCCCCCUCCAAAGAACCUUCAACUAAGGAUUUUGCUGACGUUUUAUCGCUGUCGGCAGACUGCAAUGAAAGGUUGGAGAGCAGUGUAUUUGACACACAAGAAGCCCUUUUACAUCUACAAAAAGUUAAAAUAGUCGUUGGUGAAAAGUAUCAUACCAGAAUCCCCGAACCCCAACAGUCACAAUUAUCUUGUGUCCUAAGGAGGCAAAAUGACAGAUGUGAGACAGCGAGGCAAGCAAUCAACCAUACUGAAUUUGAUGUUGGUGACAUGACUGUGGAACUUCUUCCCAUGAAAGAAGUGGAUUUUGAAGGCUUUGAUAAAACAGCGAAAGAAGCCUUAAGAACGAGGAAAGAAGCCAAGGACCAUGGUAAUGAUGACGAAGGGUUGGGUGCAGCAAGAGCAGUUGAGGUACCUGCUACCUGUGACCAAGAGAAUGUACUUAACAACAGUACAGUAAUUGAGAUUCUGGUGCACCUCCUGUGUCGGGAACGAGAAGCCGAUCCUACGCGGAGAGAAUUUCUCUUUAAAGCUAUUAGCAAAGUAAUUGAGCAGUGCAAUUCGACACUCUACCUGCCGUUGCACUCUGUUCCACUGCUGCAAGAUUUCCGAUCUAGUCUUCUUGGGAAAUUUGAGGUCCUCUUUGAACAAGCUCAGACCCAAAUUAUUUCACAGGGCAGCCACCUUCCCUUUCCAAGUCCUCUGACCCAGCUUGCUCUAACAAGCCAAACCCACCGGCUCCUGGACAACAGAUACGGCCGCGAGUUUGAGGAGCUUUCUGUUCUGGGCAAAGGAGGCUUUGGACUCGUCACCAAGGUCAGACAUAAGCUGGAUGGAUGCCACUAUGCCAUCAAGAUUAUUUCGAUGAGGAAGAAUGACCUGAAAACACUCAACACCUUACUGAGGGAAGUGCAGUCCCUGGCCCAGCUGGACCACCUUAACAUUGUCCGGUACCACAGCACCUGGAUCCAGAUGUACCAUCGCCCUGGCUCCAAGAAACUCCGGAAGGCGAGGGAAAUCUCCAAGGAGGAAAGUUCUUACUCCCCAUCACUGUCGGCAUCCAGAGCAUCCUUUGCGCCAAAGUCAUCUGUUAGGAUCAGAGAGCUUUCAAGAUCAGUAGAAGAGUCUGCAGAAGUCUCUGAUGGAAUUGAGUUCAGAGAGGAUAGUUCAGUGUCAAGCUCCAGAAUCGAGAACAAUGAAAGCUUCAUUAGAGUUGAAGAAAGGCAUGAGCAAUGGCACCAUGUCCGGAAAGAUGAAGAGGUUCCUGGGUCAUCAGGGUUUAGCCACUUUGAAUGGCAGCGAGCACAGCAGACUUCAGCCAGGAUUGACUAUUAUCAAAAUUACAUUGAGGGGUUGAAGUCUCUCUGCCACAAACAACAAUUAGCAAAGCAUUUAUCCUCUCUGAAGAUAUCCAGAAAUGACAUCAGUUUUGGGAAUGGUGUCACAUCUAUGAAUUCCAGUUUUUCAAGGUCUGAAGACGCUUCAGCCUCGCUGGACUCGGACGAACCACCUGAGGAAAAUGUGGAUCCAGGGGGAGCUCGCUUCCAGUCUUCCGAAGACCUUAACGGCAUAAACCCUGUGAUUCCGUAUCACAUUCUCCGCAAUUUACCUCAGCCGUUGAAGAGUAACAGAUGCUCUUUCCAAAGGGGGAGAUCAUUGGAAUGGUGGCGUAAUGUGUUGGCCGAAAUAAUACCAAAUCUACCCAUCUUCCAGCCGGCAAAUAUAUUUUUCUCACAAGACGGUGGAACCCUUCAGCUUGGGGACUUUGGUUUGGCACGACAAUUAUCUGAAACAGUUUUAUAUGAAGAAUCGUCAAGUUUAAUACCCACUGAAUCGACCCUUAUGCCUAUCUCGGAACAUACUCCUAAAUCUAUAGGUGUUGGUACUCCUUUAUAUGCAGCACCAGAAUUGAAAGCAGGAGGAAACUAUGGAGUUGAGAGUGACAUGCACAACUUGGGCAUCAUUCUUCUGGAGCUCUUCCAGUCCUUUACAACAAUGUCAGAGAGAAUCCACGCAAUAGAAGCCCUCAAAAUGCAAAGGGUCUUGGACAAGGAAGUCCUUUUGCACUGGCCGGACAUAGCUCCCUGGAUAUUGAAGCUCACCGAACUAGACCCAAAGAAGCGACCUUCUGCAACCGACAUUCUGACAUCUUCCCUGUAUGUCGAGACGCCAUUGGAACCCUUAGGCAUCAGCCUGCGUAUGAACCACACCGUGAAGACAAACUCAUUAGCUAUUCAGAAAGAAGUGUCACAUUUACACAACGACUUUUCAAGAGGCAAUGUAGAUAAAUUAGAGCAUUCAAGUCAAUAUGUGCAAUUUACUUUACAUUCUGAGGAAAGUGAUAUAUCAUCAUUUGGGGCCUUAAUUCACUCACAGCAAGAGACAACUGCUAGUUGUUCCAACGAUCAUGUGAUAGCGAGAUUGAAGGAAAAGAAAUCAGUCUUGAUGGAACAGGUUGCAAAACUGCAGAGACAGAUUGAAAAGCUUGAGGCAGACAAUGAAAGGAAGAAAAACGAGGAGGUAAUGCACCUUCCAAGUUCCUAGUGAUGAUUCCGGUGAUCUUAAUGCCCAGCUUGUUCAGAAUCCUCUCAAAUAUCUGUUCACAUUUGUUGUUGAUGAUGGAAAGACUUUUUUUUUUAUAAUUGUGUAAAGAAAUGGAAGUUAGAAAAAA